UCCCUUAAAUUCGUCGUUCAAAAUAAUCGAAACGCCUAACCUACUCUCGAAAACCAAAAUUAGUGUUUUUCUCGAUUCAUUCAUCAAUCAUUUUUAGAAAAUGGUGAAUCAAAACUGUAUAGGUUAGAAGUUUUAAAUACAUCAUUGUGUCGCUUGUUUGGAAAUUACCCCGAAGGAUUCAUAUGCGAACCUGUUGAAGCCUGUCUCGAAGAACGGAACAUCCUGGGUUAACCGAAAAGUGGUGGGACAAGCAGAGUACGUUUUUGAGGCAAAUUCGGAGUUCGAGGGACGUAAACUCGGACAGGACAAAAAAAAAAGGACUGUCCGUGUCAAUUUCGCUUUGAAUCGUCUUCCUCGAGGGUCGGUCGGUGUCCUCGGUCCCUGGAAGAAGUGCGACUACGAAAAGAGCUUGUAUACGAUUCGUCGUAAAGGAAUACACAGCUCUGCAAGGGCGCGUCGUUGAUUAUUUUUACGACGGAAACUUGAUAAAAUGGCCGACAAUUGGACACAGAACCCUCAGAACAUGAUUUGCCGGUACUUCAAAAAUGGAAUGUGUCGUGAGGGAAACAACUGCAGAUAUCGACACGUGCAAGGAAGCCAAAACAACUUAAACUUAAGUCACGUUGAUCUAAACCCAGAAGUUGUUUAUCUUAAAUCAACGACAGUCUGUCGCUUUUUCAAUCUAGGGACCUGCAAAUUCGGAAAUCGAUGUCGGUUCAGUCAUAAUUCAAACAACCAUUCCACUGCCACAGAAACAGCAAACUCUGAACCUCGCACCUCGAACAGCUCCUCCACGUCUGACUCGGAAAGAAUAAGUGAUGCCGUAAUCACAAGCGAUGAUUGGGCGAACGCACCAGAAUUCAUACCAUCGUCCAUCCCAACAACUGCCGCGGCUUCAUAUUGCGCAGAAGGAUCCGGAGCAUCUUUAUGUGGAAACGUAACGUCCGCGGUUUCUUAUGCGCAAGUGGUCAACGCAUCCUCUGGUCAGACUUCGAUUUCGGCAUCAGAUCCUCUUUGUCCAUACGCGGAGUCUAGUGGCAUUUGCAAAAAGCUCAACUGCCCUUAUCUACACGGAGACAUUUGCGAACUAUGUGGAUGCGCUGCGCUUCAUCCGUUAAACGAGGAGAGCCGAAAGAAACACACAAAUGCUUGUGUUAAACAACACGAGGUCGACAUGGAGAUAUCGUUUGCGAUUGCGCGCAGUCGAGAUAAGUCCUGUGGGGUUUGCUUCGAGACGAUUAUGGAAAAAUCGUCACGUGAGCAGAGGUUUGGUAUUCUGCCAAAUUGCAACCACUGUUUUUGCUUGACUUGUAUCAGAAAAUGGAGGCAAGCGAAGCAGUUCGAGAACAAAAUCAUUCGAGCCUGCCCAGAGUGCAGAAUACCCUCCGAUUUUGUUUGUCCGAGCAUGUACUGGGUUGAUACGAAAGAAGAAAAGGACAAAUUAAUCACGGAUUAUAAAGGCGCCUUAAGUACCAAAGAUUGUAAGUAUUUCAAGAAAGGCCGGGGUAAAUGUCCCUUUGGAAACAAAUGCUUUUACCUUCACGCAUUGCCCGAUGGCACCAAAACCGACGUGGGUCCACCGGUUCGACAACGUCGCAAUGCCGAUUCGGACAUAGAUAUAUUUCAUCAAUUACUCCUGUGGGAUUUUUUGGACGAGAGAGGAAACCGUUGGAUGUACAGCUUCGACGAUUUCGAUGACAUAAUCAACAACAUCUCAGACUCGGAUUCUGAUGACUGGUCAGAAUACGAGGUUCACGUCGUCUAGUCGUCCGCUUGGAAAAAAUUAUGAACGUGUCGCUCCGACCUGCCCCGAGUUGCACUCCUGCGGUUGAGUUGCAUCUUUAGCCCUUGUUCGAUCGCCUCGAAACGUACUAAGUAAAAAACAAAACAUUGGCGCUUGAAAGUUGCUCUAUCGAUUAGAGGUUUGCGCCUUAAUGACCCCGGGUGAUCUAUUGAUAUAUUCAAGUCUCUGGCAGUUCGUCCUUUUCCUAAGCCGACCCCAGUGGAGCCGCGAAAAUCGAUCAAGCGUUUGUGGUUGUCUACGAGUGAUUUCAUAGAUUCUAGGGAUAGGCACACUUUGGCGAAUGCGGUGGGAGUCUCUGUAAUCGUUCGCUUCUAUGUCUAAUAAUUAGGGGUAAAUUAAGCUAGAACGCUUGGAUUUCUGGGAUAUUUUGGGCAGUUGGGAAUGCUGCCGUUAGGAUUCGACGCCUUUCGUUUAGCACCUUACAAAAUUCCCCGAUUACGGACUCAGCCUUCGGUCGAUCCUCCAUUCAAAAAA